ACUAUGUCCGCAGAAAUCUCCGAGGCGGCCUCCGCGGAGGAGCAGAAGGAAAUGGAAGAUAAAGUGAUUAGUCCAGAGAAAGCUGAAGAAGCGAAAUUAAAAGCAAGGUAUCCUCAUCUGGGACAAAAGCCUGGAGGUUCAGAUUUCUUAAGGAAACGACUACAGAAAGGGCAAAAAUAUUUUGAUUCUGGGGAUUACAACAUGGCUAAAGCAAAAAUGAAGAACAAGCAACUUCCUACAGCAGUGCCGGAUAAGACGGAGGUCACUGGUGAUCACAUUCCCACUCCACAGGACCUUCCUCAACGGAAACCAUCCCUCGUUGCUAGCAAGCUGGCUGGCUGAUGAAAAGAUCUGAACUGCAUGAAUCUUCUAGUUCUCAUUAUUUCUUCUUAUGUUACUUCUCACCUUUUAUUUUUUUUCUUUCAACUCACCAAGUCAUUUGAGACAGCUUUUUAUGUGUAUGUGUGUGCUGCUAAUUGUAAGGGAAUAUAUAGAUUUUUUUAUUAGUUUAACAGUGCACUGAUGAAAAGGACAUGUUAGAGCAACGUAAAGUAAUCUACUUGAAACAUAAUGUAUAUAUUAUCUGACUUAUAGAGUAGGACUGAUUCUAACAAGUAACAAGCAAGUUUUACAGUUUUAAUGUUUUGACUUUCCUUACUUCAUAUUGAUUAUAACUUUGUAUGUUACUCUUAUUAAUACAACCUAUAUUGUAUUAAAUUCUAUGUAUUUUCCUUUUGGACUUUGUAAAACAGAAGUUUAAGACCACAAGUUAGGAGAAAGGUCACCUAAUUCAAACACAAACAAAUGGAUGGGGCUCUGAAAUAUUUGUAUCUCUUUGCUUGAACUUGAAUGGCCUUAAAUAACUGUUUCAGCUUUAACAAUAGAAAUUUACUUGGGCAAUAUUUGCCCAUUCUGUAUCUGAUGUGACUUGUGCUUAGUAGCUACUGUUGCAGCUAGUGUUCUUACUCAGUUCUAUAGUGUUAGAAUACCUUUAGUUGUUGAUGUGGAUGAAGUGUGCAUGUGCAUUGACUGUUGAAAUCACUUUUGUGCCAUUUUUGUAAAUACAGUCGUUUUGCACAACCUC